AGUGAUUAAAAAAAAGUUCCUAGCUAUAAUUCAUCCUUCGUUGAGGUAACAAUAUAAAUUUACCACACAUGGCAUUCAAAGUACCUCUCUUCAUCCUCGUAAUUCUUUGUAUUACCACCAGUUUUUGUCAUGCCGGAAAAACUAGCUCUUAUACGCGCUCAACGGAUGCCUCGGUCGACAUGCCUGCCACGGCUUUCCCUUCGCCGAAAGGCUCCAAUGCCCCGGAGCAAGUUCAUAUCACGCAGGGGGACCGAGGAGGCCGAGGUGUGAUCAUCUCGUGGAUGACGCCUAACGAACGCCAUCCUAAUGUAGUUAGGUACUGGAAAGCUUAUGAUCCUAGUGAUGUUUACACAGCACAUUCUCAAAUCUUCACCUAUCGUUACUACAACUAUAGUUCUGGUUACAUUCAUCAUGCUACCAUCAAGAAAUUAGAGUACAAUACCAAGUAUUUCUAUGAACUUGGGAGAGGUGACGCAAUUCGUCAAUUUUCAUUUACUACUCCUCCAAGACCUGGACCUGAUGUCCCUUACACAUUUGGUAUCAUAGGUGACUUGGGACAAACAUAUGCAUCAAAUUCAACCCUAGGACAUUACAUGGCAAAUCCUAAAGGUGAAGCAGUGUUAUUUGUGGGGGAUCUAUCCUAUGCUGAUAAUUAUCCUCUUCAUGACCAAAGCAAAUGGGAUAUUUGGGGUCGUUUUGUGGAGAAAAGUACAGCUUACCAACCUUGGAUUUGGACUGCUGGAAAUCAUGAACUUGAUUUUGCUCCUGAAAUUGGUGAAUAUCUGCCGUUUAAGCCAUUUUUGCAUCGUUAUCAUGUCCCUUACAAACAAAGUGGAAGCACAUCUCCUCUUUGGUACUCUAUCAAGAGAGGACCAGCUUAUAUCAUUGUCCUUUCUUCUUACUCCGCUUUUACCAAGUAUUCGCCGCAAUACCAAUGGUUUGAAGCAGAGCUUAAGAAAGUGGAUAGGCAUGAGACUCCUUGGCUAAUUCUUAUGAUGCAUGCUCCAUUGUACAAUUCAAAUAAUUACCAUUACAUGGAAGGAGAAAGUAUGAGAGUCAUAUUCGAACCUUGGAUUGUUCAAUAUAAAGUUGACCUUGUUUUAGCUGGUCAUGUUCAUGCAUAUGAGCGCUCGGAGCGAAUAUCAAAUAUACGCUACAACAUUACAAAUGGACUAAGUACUCCCAUCAAAGAUAAAUCAGCACCUGUUUACUUGACAAUCGGUGAUGGUGGAAACAUAGAAGGACUUGCUAACAAUUUCACUAAUCCACAACCUUUCUACUCUGCUUAUCGAGAGGCAAGUUUUGGGCAUGCAAUUUUGGAGAUUAAAAACCGAACUCAUGCUUAUUAUACUUGGCACCGUAACCAAGAUGAUGAAGCGGUGGCUUCUGAUUCUACAUGGUUCUUCAACAGAUUUUGGUACCCAAAGGAUGAAAGUAACUGAGUUCAAUCUUUGAUUUGCUGGUUUUGGUGAUAUUUAGACAACCCUUAUAUUAGCAAUAUUGGUUAGGUUUUGGUUGUUUGAACUUGAUUCUUUUCUUAUAGUAGCAUGUUAGGUUGAUGAUGUAAUAUACAUUUUGGUGCAAAUAUGCAGUUUGACAUCAUUGACAACCUUAUACUUCGUAUGAU